AUGAUUGCUAAUGGUCAUAGCAUGGGCGGAUUAUGUAUAGGGCCAGGAGGGGCUUUGGCCCCCUGUCUGAUUUCCAAAGCUAGCGACAAGAAGUCAAAAUCGAUUUGUAUCUUACGUUGUUACCCAGUUCGUCCCCCAUCGUCGCUAGUCGCUACCUCCUUACCUUGCUCAGUCGCUGCUCGUUGGUCUCGCCAUUCACCACCACAACAGCUGUCACCGGAAAUCAGCUUCUUGAAAUUGGUCUCGCCAUUCACUACCCUUCUAUCACUUGAACUUGUUGCAUCUGGUGUUCCAUGUUGCAGAAGAUGUGCUCCUUAUGAUUUCAUUAGCCUUCCACACAAGGUCAGUUUAGGACAUAAAUUAUGCUAUUAUUUUCCCUUUGAUAGUGUUUAUAAGGUGGGGACAAUGGCUGGAGGAGCUACAGAUUGUCAGUUUUGGCACAUAAAUUUAGGAAUUAAGUGUUGUUUGCAUGAAUUGGCAAACAAGAGUAGGAUUUCAGUGACUGGUGCUUCAAAGAUGCUUGCCAACAUUCUCUAUUCUUACCGUGGGAUGGGUUUUUCUGUUGGGGCAAUGAUUGCAGGAUGA